UGAGGAAACAGAUCCAAGCAAUUUCUCCAGUCAUAUGAUUAGAAGUGGUGCAAUGAAGAUUUGAAUUAUUCAAUUUGAUGUCAAGUUCAUGCUCUGUCUACUAUACUUAAAUAAUGUGGACAGUCUAAGAUAAUUCAAAAAUGGCAGAACUCUUUAUGGAAUGUGAAGAAGAGGAACUGGAACCAUGGCAGAAGAAAGUAGAAGAAAAGCAGGAUGAGGAUGAUGAUGAGCUGAUCUUUGUUGGAGAGAUAUCAAGUUCAAAACCAGCCAUUUCAAAUAUUUUGAACAGAGGUAAUUCCAGCUCGUCUUCAAAGGCAAUAAAGAAUGAGGUACUCAAUCAAGGUGUUCCUGAUGCAUUCAAGCCUACAAGUCCACACUACAAAGACCCAACAUCAAAUCCAGUGGCUGCCUUACCUAGAUUUCAUCCUCAAUCUAAACCUUCACAAAGCUCUAUUAUUCAGAAUGUGUCUAAACCUUCAUUUAUAAGGAGUUCAUCGCAAGUUGAAAUGGAUGAUUCUUCUGAUUUACUGUUUGACCUGACCCAGGACACAAUACCACCAUCCCAAGGCGGAUCAAAAGUUUAUACAGAAGCUGUGGGUGAAACUCUGCCUAUAAGAAAACGUCCUAGUAUUAUAGCAAACAGAGUUCAUCCAAAAAAGCCAAAGACCAGUGACGGUGUUUCUGAAAUAGGUUCAUGUGCUACAUUAUCUUUAGACAGCUCUCCUUCAGUGACAUCCUCCUCAAUUAUGACAUCAAAAGGUACCUCAUCAACUGAACAUAAAACUGGAAAGCCUUUUCAAAGAUCUUGUCCAAAGUGCAAUGUUCAGUUCAAUAAUUUGGAUGCUUUGAAAUGUCACAUGAAGCGUUGUUGUCCAGACAUGAUAAAUAAAUUUUUGGAGAUGAUUAAAGUAGAAAUUUCAAGUACUGAAAAGAAAACUAAGACUGGUGCAGAGAAAGAAAAAUUGAUCAUGUUAGUUAGUGACUUUUACUACGGAAAACAUGAAGGAGAUGUUGACAAUGAAGAAAAGACUUACACAACCUUUAAAUGCUUCAGUUGCUCAAAAGUUCUUAAAAAUAAUAUUAGGUUUAUGAAUCACAUGAAACACCAUUUGGAACUUGAGAAGCAGAACAGUGAGAGCUGGGAAAGCCACACCACCUGCCAGCACUGUUACCGUCAGUAUCCUACACCAUUCCAGCUGCAGUGUCACAUUGAGAGUACACACACACCUCAUGAGUUUUCUACGAUUUGUAAAAUCUGUGAAUUAUCAUUUGAAACAGAACAUACUCUUUUACAACAUAUGAAGGACACUCAUAAACCUGGUGAAAUGCCAUAUAUUUGCCAGGUUUGCCAGUUUAGAUCAUCAACAUUUUCUGAUGUAGAAACUCAUUUUAGAACAUCCCAUGAAAACACAAAGAACUUGCUGUGUCCAUUUUGCCUCAAAGUUAGUAGAAUGGCAACCCCCUACAUGAAUCAUUACAUGAAACAUCAGAAAAAAGGAGUUCAUCGUUGUACAAAAUGCAGAUUGCAAUUUUUGACCAGCAAGGAGAAACUGGAUCACAAGACCCAGCAUCGGACUUUUAUAAAACCUAAAGAACUAGAAGGCUUGCCUCCUGGUUCAAAAGUUACUAUUCGAGCUUCAUUUGGAUCUCAUUCAAAGCCAUCAACUCCAUCUUCUAGUGAUACUCCAAGCACUUCUUCUCUUCAGGUCUCACCUCCAAAGUCUAAAAAUACAACUGCUAAAAGCUCCACAAAAUCGAGUGCAAGUAAAUCUAAGAUACGUAAGGCUCGUUCAACUGUUUCCAGUACAUGUAAACUAGCCAAUACAAGUAAGCAAGGUAAAGGUGCAUCUAAAUGCAAAGGAAAAACCUCUUGCAAGCAAAAGAAACAACGCAACAGAAAGAACAAAAUCAUCAUAGCUUUGAAGAACUUAAGGUGUUAUCGAGGAGUUCACAAGUGCAUUGAGUGUCAUUCCAAAAUUAAAGAUUUUGCAAGCCACUUUUCAAUACAUAUCCACUGUAAUUUUUGCAAAUACAACACUAACUGUAACAAAGCCUUUAUAAAUCAUAUGGUGAGUUAUCAUAGCAGCCAUCCAAGUAAACAGUCUCCUCUUUUUCAUAAACAUUGUGGAACUCUCAGGGGCAUUACUCUAGUGUGCCUUAAAUGUGAUUUUCUGACUGAUUCUUCUGGCUUAGAUGGUAUGGCUAAACACUUAAGUCAACGUAAAACUCAUACUUGCCAAGUUGUAAUAGAGAAUGUUCCCAAAAGUACCUCAACUUCUGAAUCCACUUCUGAAUGCAGAAGCAACACAGAAAUUUCAAAAAAUGUCCAGGGUACUCCUGGUCAGUGUCCCCCUUCGUUGGACACAACUGAUGCCUGUUCUCUCUUUCCAAGGAAUGUGAAUUGUUUAACUGUGAGACCUCCUGUAGGUUGUGGCCUUAGGAAAUCAGAUAUUGGGAAGAGUCACUUCCUUCAUGACUGUCUGAUGCUAAUUUGGCCAGAGAUGACCUCAAGGCCCACCAAUUUGAGCACAACUUCCCACUGGGGGCUUUGGUUCUUGAUCUUAAGCAUAUGGUCAAGAAAAGCCCAUCAAAUCAAUGCUUUAUCACCUAAGUUGGAGUUUAAUCAUUUUGGCUGCUGCCCUUUAGUCUUCUAGUAUGCAUGCAGUCCAAGGAAUAUCAAAACUGGUUGUAUAGGGAACCAAGGCUACUUUCAUGCUCUUGGAAAAAAAGUUUUCUAAAAUUACACUUCCAAAGUUACAGUUAUUUGUACUAUCGUUUUAAAGUUUUAUCCAGUAUUAACCCUAGGAGUUUUCAACAGUACUAAUAGUUUUAAAAAUUGAAAGUUUAUUUUAAUUUUAUCUUGGUUUUAUGUUGUUCUUCAGAAAAUUUUUUUAUGUCUUUUGUUAUGUCCACUUUUAUCUUUUUUCUUUAAAAUGUUUGUGUUUGUUUCAUUUUGUUCAGAAAUUCCUUAGAAUUCUCUAUAGAUUUCAUGUAGCUACCUAUUGGUAGCUUCAUAAUUUGCUAAUUGUUCAGACCAUUAGAUGUUAUUACAUCCUCUGUCCAUCUUAGGACUAUUAUUAACAUUAUUAUAGUUAUGAGUUCAAAGACAUAAUAAAUUUGGAAAAACAUUUUCUGUAGACCUUAAAACAAGUUUUAAAGUUACAUUUCUAUACAUCUAAUACAUAUUAUCUUCUUAGCCAUUAAUGUAAUACCUUUGGAUAAAGAUAAUAUAUUCAAAAAUAUUGGGACCAAAAAACGCACUUGUUUCUUGCCCAUAUAUAAAUAUAUAUAUAGAUGUAUAUUUUUU